AUGGCUGCCUGUGACCCCCAACCCUGGCUGCCACCUGACCAUGGCCUCCGUGUCAGCGGCCACAUGCACAUGAAGGAGAUGGGUGACCAGAUGCUUGAUGUCCAUGACAAGAACAGCAGCUCUUUUGUUGAGUCGACCCCCCAUGAAGUGAGAAUAGCUGUCUGUGACAUCCUGCCCCGGGGAGGACUAAAAACGACCCCCACCUCCAUCAGCAAGAGUGCAGCCAUCCAGGAGCGAUUCUCGCACCUGGAGCAGGUCAAGGCCACGUUCUGGUGCAAGGCCUGCGGGCCCUGGCACAUGGGAAGCGGGCCACACGGCAUUCAUGAGGCCGAGAGCGACAUGGACCCCUGA